CAGCGUGAACCCGGAAGAGGAGCUCGCCGCGGUGACCUCCGAGUACGUUGGGAGGAAAAAUGACUGAACAGAGAUGUGAUUGUUCCGCUCUGCCGUCGAAACCAGCGAACACUUGGCUCGUUUCACCGAGUUAACAGCGACGAGAAGAAGCCGCCGAGGUGUCCGAGGAACGGAAUGUCGUUACGGACAGCAGCCACGGUCCACUAUUCGGUGAAUUUCGUCAGACGGACGUCGCAGGAUGCUAAACGGCUAGCGGACUGUUGAUUGUGUGUCCCAGGAUAAUUUGACUGCGUCGUUUAAACCUCUUUGUCGUGUGACAGUCGACGUGCUCGACUCAAACCUGACCGGCAGGUGUGAAGCAGGGAGGUUGGGAUUUUUACUGCUGCUCAGACAGCCACGUCAGCGAGCUAACAGCUCUCCGUCCUGGUGGACUGCGGACACUUUCUGCUCCAGGUUCGGUUCGUAUUUAACUCAAAACUCCAGCGGCCAUGGCUCCGAUGGGCAUCCGGCUGUCCCCGCUCGGUGUGGCGGUGUUCUGCCUCCUUGGAGUCGGCGUCAUCUACCACCUGUAUGCCGGGGUCAUCUCCAGCCGCCUGGCUGCUUUCAGACAGAGGAGGAAGGUGGAUCUGAGAGAGCUGCUGGCCGUCUCAAUAGAGGCUGCAGUCCUGGGUGGCAAGGAGGUAAAGAAGGUGCGUGAAGAAAACGGCCUGAACGAGAAGACAAAGGGAAAGACGAAGGAAGGAGCCAAAGAACUUCUAACUACGGGUGACCUGAAGUCUCACAGGAAGAUGUUUAACCUGCUGAAGAACACGUUCCCUGAAGUCAAGGUGUACAGCGAGGAGCACGACGACGUGGUGGAUCAGACGCUCGCCUGGAGCCGGAACAUUCCAGAAUAUGUACUGGAGAAAAUCAAGGGGAGGAAGGAAGUUAAUCCUGAGAGCAUCACCGUGUGGAUCGAUCCUCUGGAUGCGACACAAGAGUACACAGAGAACCUGGUGAAAUAUGUGACCACUAUGGUGUGUGUGGCUCUAGAAGGUAAACCAGUUAUCGGGGUCAUACAUCGGCCGUUCACUGGUUUCACUGCCUGGGCGUUUGUAGGUCAGGCAUCAAACAUGAAUUCCCGCUCAUCCUACAGCGCCACUCCGUCCAAAGUGAUCGUCUCGCGUUCACACUCCGGACAAGUUAAAAAUUACAUCCGUGAGGCUUUUGGAAACGGCACAGCGAUCACAGAAGCAGGUGGAGCAGGGUACAAGGUGCUGUCGCUGCUGGAGAUGCCUCCAAGUGAAGCCGGUUCCAUAGACCAGGCAGAUCUCUACGUCCACAUCACCUUCAUUAAGAAGUGGGACAUCUGCGCCGGUGCAGCUCUGCUGAACGCACAGGGAGGUCACAUGACCACUCUGAAGGGGGAGGACAUCGACUACAGUGAAACUGCUCUCAACACAGGAGGACUGGUGGCCAGCGUGGGAGUGGAUCAUAAGGCCAUCGUGAAAAAACUGCCAGACUACGACCCUGGAAAGCACUGAAACACACCAGCACAGAGCCAUUGGUAGUUGGGUCAGGUUGUGGUCUUGGGCGACACGUGGUGGAUCUAGAACUAAUAGCGGGCGGUGAACGGUCUGCGAGAUUUCAGCGUUGGACACCAAACAUCUACCACUGGAGUCACUGUUAGUCACUGAGCAGGACUGUGGAACCAACUGCUGUAAACUGGCACAAUGGCUCUGAACACUCACUCCUCUACAUGCGUACAUUCUUGCAGCUCAGAAAAACCGUACAUCUUCCUCUCCUCGGACUCUCACAAACAAACGCAAGCUCUAAUGUGAAACACUAAACCGAGGAGCACAAUGCUGAGCGCUACAGCGAAACCCACGGAGCCAUGUCAGCCUUCAUCGUCUUAAGUCUUCAUCAUGUGAUAUUCCAGUGAAUUCACAAGAAUAAGGAACACCGUGGAUCGCUUACAGAGACGGUAGAUUAACCAUCAGCAUGAAACAACCACCGAACAUGAUUUAAGACUGCGGAGAAACUCACUGGAACAAGAAGUCUCUGUUGUUGAACAGUACCUGAAAGGGUAUGGUGUUCCUGCAGCAUUACAGCACAACAACCCCAUGUCACACUGCAUCUGGAUCGAGAGGGAACAAUGUCCUCAGAAACAGCAGAAGAUCUUUUUGACAGUUUUUUAAAGCAGUCCCACCUUCAUGAAUAGAAAAGCGUGCACUAAACAAAACUCAAAGAACAAAUUUAUACACUACUGUUCAAACGUUUGGGGUCACUUAGAAAUGUCAAAAUAGUCUCUAUGACUAUUCUAGCUGGACAUUUUUAAUGGAAUAUCUCCAUAGGGGUACAGAGGAACAUUUCCAGCAACCAUCACUCCUGUGUUCUAAUGCUACAUUGUGUUAGCUAAUGGUGCUGAAAGGCUCAUUGAUGAUUAGAAAACCCUUGUGCAGUUAUGUUAGCACAUGGAUAAAAGUGGGAGUUUUCAUGGAAAACAAAACAUGAAAUUGACCCCAAACUUUUGAACGGUAAUGUAUCUAAAUCCUUUAUUAGGUAAUUUGUAGAGUAACUGCCAUAAACGUCAUUGUAAUACUGUCUAAAUUAGUCUAAUUCUAAUUUAUUUGUAGCUACAAGCAAAGUCCAGAAGGCCCAGAUCAGCAUUACUAAGGUACUAGUUUAUGUAAAAUCUCAUGCAGCUAAACAGGAGAACAACGCUGUUUGGUCACGCAUUAAGAAAAGAUUAUCUGUGAGAUUUCUGGAUGGUUAAACCUUUCUCUCAUGCUGUGACGGAUCGUUUUCCUCACCUCUAAUAAUAUAGCACAAUUUUAUCACAAGGUGUGCCUGCAGUGAAUAGAAGGAAUGCUGCAGGGUGGGAAGUGGAGCAGCAGCCUGAAUCCUGAGCAGAGGUUUAAUCAACUCUGGCUGACUAAACCUCUGCUCAGGAAUCAGGAUGCUGCUGCUUCAGCUUCCGCCCUGCAUUUAAAAUGUGAAGGGACAGGAAUUGUCUUUUCUUUUUAUUUUAUUUCCUCAGCAUCCUGUCAAUACAUAAGUCAUGAGUUAAACGCCUCUCCAGCCAGGUACUUCACACAACAUCACCUCCUCUCCAGCACUGAUGUGUUGCUCAGAUUUCUUAGUGAAUUAGUCUUGUUGAACCAGACUAGAAACAGGACAUUAGUGUGACCUCACCUCUGCUAAGAACCAUGUACAAAUGCCAGUCUCAUCCAGUAUGCACAGCCUCAUUCAGGACUUUAAAUCUAAUCAUCAGAAGAAAACUAAGUUUAUGUUAUUAAGAAUGACAAUAAGCUGAGAUGUGUGUCUGUUUUCCCCGUUUUCAGUCCAUUUCUGCUGCACUCCACGCACCCAGGUCAUCUUUUGUUGGAUACUGAACUCAGUGUCUUUGCAUGGUUUUGUAUUUUAAUUAUCCUUCGGUCGUCUAACUCUUCCCAUCCCAGCUUGAUGAACCUGUCUAACUACUGUAGAUCUUUGUGUACCGUCUGUAAUAUCUGUAUCGGUCUGUCUGAACCAAGAGUUCGGCGGCCAGUCAAGUUUACUUUUUGCUGUGAAUCGAUGGUAAAUCAUGAAAACACCUACAAAACAUGAACUCAUGCCGGCGACCCGUUUCAUGUUGGGUUUUGUCUCGGCGCCCUUUGUGUUGUUAACUUUGUUUAGAUAAAAGCUAAUGUUGUUAGCAUACGUUCUGCCACUGACUCAUGAGCCCAGACGGAUAAUAAUAACCGAGAGAAGCUGUUAGCAGGUUAAAGGCCCUGGAGAGAGUUUUAUUGACAGAAAACAGCAUUCAGUCAGACAGAGCUGUUAUCCUGGGAAUGCUAUCCGUUAGCCUGGGAAUGGUAGUGAUCAGCCUCCAGAUGCUAGGGACUAGCCUAAGAAAGCUGGUUGUAAGCUGUAGAAUUCCAGUUGUUAGCUGAAGAAGGCUAGGCUAACAACUAGCAUCGGUUAGGAUUUGUAGUUUCUAGGCUAGGAAUGGUAGUUUGUAGCCCAUGAACUUUGGUUGCUAGCACAGGAAUGUCAGUUAUGAAUCUGGGAGUGGUUGUGGUUAGCAUAAGGAUUCCAGUGACUGUUGUCCUAGGAAUGCUAUCAGUUAGCCUGGGAAUGGUUUUGACCAGCCUCCAGAUGCUAGGGACUAGCUGAAGAAUGCUGGUUGUAAGCUUUAGAAUUCCAGUUGCUAGCCAAGGAAUGCCAGUUGUAAGCUGAAGAAGGCUAGGCUAACAACAAACCUAGGCUAGGAAUGCUAGUUUGUAGGCCAUGAACUGUGGUUGCUAGCCUAGGAAUGCCAAUUGCUAGCACAGGAAUGCUAGUUGCUAAACAGGAAGUGUUAGUGACCCACCAAGGAAGGCUAGAUAUGAGUCUGGGAAUGGUUGUGGUUAGCAUAAGGAUUCCAGUCACUAACCUUGGAAUGCAGGUGUCAUCCUGAGGAGGUCGGACCUUCAUGAGCUAAUUUUUUUUUUCCUUUCAGUGCCUUUGAUCUGCUUUAUAAAUGGUUGUUGCUAUGGUGAUGAUGGUAAAUAUGUUAAGGGUAAUUCUGCAACAGAGAUGUGAUGGCAUUACAGUGCCCUCGCCCUUUUACUCAUCUGUUUGUAUCCUGUAUGAAACACAGUUGGACUAAGAAAUUAAAGGGGAAUCUCAACAAUUUUACACAUCAGUCUGUUCAGAGAUGUUGGGCUGUCAUAUUUUGUACGUUGAAAAUGUUUUGUGAAGCUCCUUGCGGGUUCAGAGGGAGACCUCUAAAUGUUUUAAGAUUCCCCACCCAAAUCUCCAUCCAAACUGGCGCUGGACCAGGUUUUGAUAAGGAUACCGUCCGAUUCAAUACUAAAUCAGUGGAGUACUUUUACUGUAGUGAGUAGGUGUGAAUCUAAAGGGAACAGAUUAUCUCUACAUGCCUCAAAACUAUUGUUUAAAGUGUAUUAAUUUGACAUUUUUAUGUCUUGAACAGAGUCACAGUGGAACCAAUAUGGCGACCUCAGUAAUUCAUACCAACCACUUCCUGUCAGAGUUUUUGAUAAGUUUAGAUCAGGGGUGUCAAACUCAUUUUAUUUCAGGUUCCACAUUCAGCCUGAUUUGAUCUCUAGUGGCCAAUAAAAUCAGAACAUAAUGACCGAUAAAUAACGACAACUCCAAAUUUUUCACUUUGUUUUAGUGCAAAAAAGUACAUUCUAACAAUGUUCUCAUUUAAUGAAUUGUCUUUUUACAAAACAUUAUGAACAAGCUGAGAUUUCUUAGAAAAAUAAGUGACAUUCCAACAAUAUUAAGCCUCAGUUUAUCGUUAGUGUAUCACUGCUUACAGACCAGUGUGUCAACAAAGGCACAAAACAUUUAGUCUGGAACUGCACAAUGUAGUAUUUUAUGACUUUAAAUUAUUUUAAAUUCCCAUUUAUGGUCCACAUCUGUGUAGUGAUCCUGAUGCACCAGACAAACUAAAGUGGGAACUACUAAGGAAAAGGUUCAGUUAUCCACCUGCCUUUUAAAUGCAGAAAAUUUAUACAAUAAAAAAACGCAUGGAAGUUGGCAGUGCUCCAAGAAAACAAACCAAGUAUUCAUUUUCACCUCUGUAAUCUCUACACUUUACAAAGUCGUCCUGCGGGCCCGAUUGGACCCACUGGCGGGUCUGUUUGGACACAUGGGCCACAUGUUUGACACCCCUGGUUGAGAUACAAUAAUCGGAGUGUAAAAUGUUGACAGAAUCUCGUUGAAGGUUUUCAUAGCGACAGUUACUGUAAAUUAUGUUGACCAGACUCCUCAAAUUCAUCAUUCAGCUGCAAGGCUUCAGCUGAAAAACAUUUGGAAAAAAAAGGGGGUAUUUUUCUACCAAUCUGAACUAAAUGUUCUGCAUGUUAUCUGACUUUUAGAGAACUCAUUAAAUCCCCAUCCAGACCUCUCAAGCAAGAAAAAGGUUUAAGGGAUUCUCAUGUUUAUCCCAAGAAUACAAAAUGUUUGAUUUAAGUUAGUAAGAAUGGAUGAAACUAAAGAGUUGCAUUUUGGAUCAGCUGAAAGUGGAAACAAAUGCUGCAGCUUCUGUGAAAGGUUUGAACACUGUGUCUGUCACAUUUUAAAUGUGGAGAGUUGUGAUGCUGUAAUGAUCUAAACGGAGAUAAAAAGCAGCUGUGUGGUUAAACUGAACCACUUGAUCUGCCUCUAACCAGCAUGUGAGGGCAAUAAGGACGGCGAUAUUAGAGAAACUAGUACCUGGACUCUAAAGAAACUACCUGUGUGCUUUAGGAUGGGUCAUGGAGGGGUGAUGUGCUUUGAAAAGGCUGAGGGCUGUUUUGAUGAUCGGGUCGGUGUACAGCUGCUCUGUGAGUCGUUCAUCCUGCUUCUGCUAUGAAUUUCCAAUAAAACAUCAGUGUGCAUGAUGGUUCA